AUGCCUGGCGGCCUGCAGCGUGGAGCCAAGCGGCCCAAGCCGAGGCCUGAGGAGCUCAUCGACAAAAUCAAUGCCCUGCCGCGCGCCGCCUUUUUCGACCGCUUCUUCGCGUCGCCCUCGAAGCUGCUUCGGCACCGCGACUACGAGAUUCGUCUCAAGCCUGUCACCGAGCUCAGCGAUGCCGAAUUCAUGGCCUGCUUCAAGCUCAUCGAGACCACGUCCGCCGCCGACUACAAGAACUCUCCGCGCGGAUGGCACCCGAAAGACAAGCAGCGCGAGAUGAGGGAGGACAAUAUGCAGUAUCUGCUCGUCCGGAAGGCCUCACGUACCGACUCCGCUCAUGGCGGUGUGCAUGCGCGCAAUGGAGACUCUAUGGAGCCAACGAAAAAGGGACCAGAAGACGAAGUCGGCGCUUUCCUCGCCUUCAUGUUCACCAUCGAAGACGAUUACCCCGUCAUCUACAUAUACGAGAUCCACCUCGCGGAAGAGCAUCGAGGCAGCGGUCUGGGCAGACACUUGAUGCGCAUAGUGGAGCACUGUGCCACCGAGGGCGCUGUGGAAAAGGUCAUGCUCACCUGUUUCAGGUGCAACACCGUGGCUUUGGCUUUUUAUCAAAAGCUUGGGUUUGGCGAAGAUGAAUUUAGUCCACCGGCGAAGAGGUUGAGGGGUGGCAAGAUCAAAUUGCCGCCAUACCUGAUAAUGAGCAAGAGCAUCGGAUGA